AUGAAGUUCAACGCGUUCAGAAAGCACACGAUCUGCAUGACGAUUCUCGGAGUACGUCCUCCAGGAGGAGUGAGGUGGGAAUGGUUAGGCGUACUCCUGGAUAUCUACCUUAUCGUGCAGUUAUGCUGCAUCGCUACCUGGGGGUACCUCUUCUUCCAAGGAGCCUUCCUCUACCUUCCGAACGCUUUCAUGGACAGGAUAGUCGGGUUAUCUGCGGCUGUGUCCGUCCUGGGGUCUCUGGCCAAGCUGAUCACCUUCAGGAUGAAGGGGCAUGUGCUUAAGGAACUCUUCGACGAGCUGGGAGGAUUCCCGGUGAAUACUGAACGUGCGAUCUUCUACUUUGCAGGUCGACUCGUGGCAAAGGUGACGCUCAUCUACGAAGUAUCCGUAGCCGCCAUUGUGAUCACGCACAACAUGCACAUCGCCAUAGACCCAGAAAUCCACCGGUCCAGCCCCUACUGGACGGCCUCCAAGACCAGUGGAACCAAGGGGGAGAUCAUCCGGGACUAUGCCUUCAACCUCGACAGUGCGAUAGUCGCGCUGUCUGCCAAUGUCAUCGGGGACACUCUCUUCCUCACACUCACCAACCAGAUCUGUCAUAGGCUCUUGCUGUUGGCUGAAACAGUGUCCUCUAUCGGCAAAGGAAUCAGGCCUGUGGAGGGUCUCCCGGUACCGGAGGAUGCUGAUGAUGGGGAAGUCAUAAAGAAAUGUGUUGAAGAGCACAAUCUGUUACUGAAGUAA